AUGUCUCCAGUUCAGUACAAUUUGAUCACAGCGCCGAUCUAUGAUCACUUCUUCACGCAGAAUGGCAAGCUGCUAGCCAUCACCAACGGGAACAACGUGGAACUAUACGAUGUCUCUGGUCCAAAGCCCAAAAAGUUGACCGUUUUGCAACACCAUGACAAACCAAUUACAGCGAUUGACAUUUCUGCAGACGGCAAAAUUGUCACGUGUUCGCAAGACCGUAAUGCGCUCGUCUGGGAACCUCUUCCCUCCGGUGAGUACAAGCCUACUCUUGUCUUGCUGAGAAUCAAUCGUGCUGCUACUUGUGUCAAAUGGUCUCCAAAUGGUCUCAAAUUUGCAGUGGGCUCUGGAGCACGUGCAAUUGCCAUUUGCUACUUCGAGGAGGAAAAUGACUGGUGGAUUUCGAAACACAUCAAGAAACCCAUCAGGUCCACCAUUCUGUCUGUUGAUUGGCACCCAAACUCGGUACUUCUUGCUGCCGGGUCUGCUGACGGCCAUGUUCGUGUCUUUUCGACCUUUGUGAAGUCUGUUGAUGCCAAGCCUGCUCCUUCUGUCUGGGGAGAGAGAUUGCCCUUCCAGACCUUGUGUGGAGACUAUCUCACUGCUUCUGGUGGUUCAUGGAUCCACGAUGUAGCGUUCUCUCCAAGUGGUGAUUCCGUGGCUUUUGUAGGCCAUGAUUCCACCUUUGGAGUCGUUUCACCAAGUGAUGAUCCCCAGGUUCCAGGCGAGUUUUCAUCUGUCCCCACAAACUUUUUGCCAUUCAAGUCCAUUCUGUUCGCCAACGAGCAUAAAGUCAUUGCUGCUGGCCACGACUGUCACCCAGUCGUUUUUGAACAAACUGGCUCAGGUUGGGCUCAAACUGCAGCAAUUGAUGACCCCAAGACAGCCAAACGUAACGAGGUUCACCAACAAUCCGCGUUGAACAUGUUUCGCCAAAUGGACCUCAAGGGUGGCUCGCCUGCUGAGGGCUCAUCAUCCACUCUUCUGACCAUUCAUCAGAACACCAUCAACAAGCUGAGACCUUACGCUGGAACUGGUAACGUUACCCGGUUCAGUUCAUCCGGAAACGACGGAAAGGUGGUGAUUUUCGAUGUUUGA